UUUUCUUCUUUUCCACAGAUGAGGAGACGCUUCUGCUUAGUUUUUUUGUUCUGUGGGAUAUUUCUGCCCAGAAUCUUUGGUUUUCCACAUGCAAAUACUUCAAUUGAUUGUGACUCUCUGUUACCAAACUAUGAAGAUGAACCACAGACAUCUCCACCACCAUAUAUUAUUGCUGUAUCUUUUGAUAGCUUUGAACCAGGAAAUGAAAUACAAGUGACCCUAGAAGCCCUCAAAGAUGUUGGAUUUAAAGAAUUUAAUCUACAAGCUCGAGAAACAGGAGGAGAUGUUCCUGUUGGUACUUUCAAAAUUACAGAUCCAAACACAAAAGGCUUGGAAUGUCAUAACAUCACGAAUUCAGCAGUAAGUCAUGCAAAUUCUGAUCUGAAGCAGAAAAUUACAACAACAUGGAUUGCUCCAAAUGAUGUUAAAGAACUUCAGUUCAUUGCAACUGUUGUUCAAGAUCUAGAGAAAUUUUGGGUUGGAAUUGAAAGCAAAACUCUCAUAUCCACGCAUUCUAAGUCAAUUAAUGGGACAGGAAAAAGUAAAAGGAAGCUAAUGAUAGAAAUUGAAUGCAGCAAGCGUGGAGGGACGUACACCAGGCAAGGUGGAUGUGUUGUGGUUCAACCUUCCGGUUCCUCUCAAAGCAGCUAUUCUAGUGGUCAGAGUGGAACAGUCUACACAAUAAGCAAGAGUGGAUGUGUCCCAGGAGGUGCUGCCAAUGCGUAUAGCCAGAAUGCGUGUAAAGAUAGUGCAUCCUCAUAUGGCAGUCUUACCUACGGCCAGUCUGUUCCUGCAAGUAGUUCAGAUUCCAGUAAGAAGAUAGUGGUCAUCCCCAACAGCAACCCAUUUCCGCCUGUGCGUCAUACUUAUCCCCAGAGUUUGGGCAAUUCUGCUACUAGGAUCAUAGUACAGAGUGGGCAAAGGCAGCAAAGCAGCGGUGCUACUUAUGUUCAGGGUGGGCCAACCUACACUAUCAGCAGCAGUUCGUACGGACAGGGUUCCCGAGGCAGCCAGUCCUAUGGCCAGAUCUCUCGGCUUCAACCUGGCAGUUCUUAUGGCCAGGUCUUCCAGCCGCAAGGAAGUACUUCCUAUGGCCAGGGUGGGCCAACCUACACUAUCAGCAGCAGUUCGUACGGACAGGGUUCCCGAGGCAGCCAGUCCUAUGGCCAGGUCUAUCAGCCACAAGGUGGCACCUCCUAUGGACAGCAGAGUGGGUCUUCUUCAGAUGGCAGUGGAGGUUGUGGACAAAGUACUUCGUAUGAUAGCAAUCCCUGCCACCAGGAUGGAUCUCAGAGUGGUAGCCAGGGUGGAUCAUACUCCUCACAAAGCUAUGAUGGUAGCCAAGGUGGAUCAUCAUCCUCACAAAAUUAUGGUGGCAACCAGGGUGGAUCGUAUUCACAAAACUAUGGUGGCAGCCAAGGUGAAUCAUACUCACAAAACUAUGGUGGUGGCAAAGGUGGAUCAUAUUCACAAAACUAUGGUGGUGGCCAAGGUGGAUCAUACUCACAGAACUACGGUGGUGGCCAAGGUGGAUCAUCUUCUCAAAACUAUGGUGGCAGUCAGGGUGGAUCAUACUCACAAAACUAUGGUGGUGGCCAAGGUGGAUCAUCCUCCUCCGACAGCUAUUAUGAUAGUCAGGAUUCCCAGGAUUUCUCAGAUGAUAAUCCCAAUGCCUGUGAUGAUAAUGACACUACAUAUAGUGCUAAUAGUCGGAGUUCUAGCUGUGUGAAGAGGAAAGUUGUUGUCAGAGAUACGUCACAUGUUUUAAGCAGAAGAGACUAUGAUGUCCAGAAUGAAUCCUCUACUUCAAACAACAGCCACACUAACUACCAGGGUGGAUCGUUCAUUGCAACUGGUGGUGGAUCAAGUGGUCAGGGUGGUUGCAUUUGUCCUGAUGGAAGCAGUGGUGUUAGACAGGGAGCCCCUGGGUCUUCGUACAGCACAUAUUCUGGUAACCAGGGGGGAUCUUCCUUCUACCAUGGAGGAUCCUAUGGACAGGGAGGCCCAGGUUAUUCCCACAGCUCUUAUUCUGGAAACCAGGGAGGGUCUUCCUACUCUCCUGGUGGAUCUUAUGGACAGGGAGGGUCUUCCUACUCUCCUGGUGGAUCUUACGGACAGGGAGGUUCUUCUGUCAGUGAUAACGGAAGUGAAUCCUAUGGUCAGGAUGGAUCUUCUGCAUAUGGUGGCAUUGGACCUUAUGGUCAGGAUUCACCUGCCAUGGGAGUUAGUGAAUCUGAUUACAGUGAUUCCACCUCACCAUCUUACAACCGUCAGAGUGAACGGGAUUUUUAUUCCCCUGGAGGCAGCCAGUCAGGUGGACAUGGAUUAUCUUCUCAAGGUGGUGGCUAUUCUGGUGGACAGGGCUCGUUCUCAUCAGGAACCAACCAGUAUGGUGGGCAGGGUUCACCUUCAAGAGGCAGCCAAUCUGGUGGACAGGGUGGAUGUCAUUGUCCUGAUGGGAGCCCGGGCUCUUUUGGAGGAAGCAACUACCAUGGUGGACAGGGUUCUUCUUAUUCUGGAAGCAAUCAGUAUGGAGGACAGGGAUCUUCUUACUCAGGAAGCAGCCAGUAUGGUGGGCAGGGCUCAUCAUAUUCUGGAGGCCGACAACAUGGUAAACCAGGAUUCUCAGGAAGCACUUAUUCUGGAAAGCAGCAACCACCUUCCUCAGGGGGUAGUCAAGUGAGCUCUGCUGGGAAACACUCCAGUCCCCAACUCCUGCUGUUGUUUAGCAUUUUGAGUGCCUUCGCACUCUCUGCUGUUACAUCAAAGUGGUCUAUGUGAACAUCAGAAGAUGUGCUCGACAUCCUGGACGUGGAUUAUAUGCAGUAAUAUUAGAUUAAUUACUUAAUGUCAGGGGAACAAAAAAAAAAAAAAACAAAAACACCACCACGCAGUCAAACUGUCAGAUGUUACUUGGGCUAUCAUGUUCCAUGUCUGGUUACUAUGUCAUAUCUUUCAUUAGUUUCUUUGGGUUUAGUCAUUAGUAGAUAUCAUUACUUUUGUCAGUGUUCUAAGCACCAUUUUAAGAGAGCGUAUUGUACCCUAGCUAUAUGAUUUCAUUAAAUUAUUUUUAUGUCCAGUGGAAAAUGUGAUGAACACCUACCUGAAAACUGAUUGGUGUGAGAAACAGUUGUUUAGAAAAUACUUGGUUAGUAACCAACACAGAAUGUCAGACAAAUGGUUUUAUUUGCAAAACUUAAUUUGAGCACUGUCACUGCCCCUUGCUGCAUACAAUAAAGAUGACCUCUAACUUCUCGUGAGCAAUCCUACAUGGGAUGGCAAAAAGGAUGCUAAAAUAAUAUCAUACUGUCGGCUUUAGUGGAAUGUAAACAAAUUCAUACCCAACAUGGAGGUUGCACAGCAAAAAA